AUGCUCAGUAGCUGGGGCCGCUUCCGGAGCUCCCCGCGAGCUUGGGCUUGCACUAGGCUCCGGGAAGCGCCGGGCUGUGCCGCAGCUGGUCCUCGUUCCUGGAAAGCUCCGCUCCGCCCUGUAACGUGCGGCUUUAGGAUCGUCAGCUGUGGCCGCGCAGCCCCGGGCUCCCCGGGAGGCACUCCGCCUGCUCCGCGCCGGGCUCGUGCUCAGCCGCCCGGUGUGCACGCUUCUGCCGGGUGCUUCUGGCAGCUGCCGGAUGAUGGAGCAGAAAUGACAAGCUUGUGGGUAACCGUGAAGGGCGAGCGGGAGCCACUUUCCUUCGGAGCCAGAGAGAGGAGGUGUGUCACGGGAGAAAGGGCCCUGGGAAGAUUCUUGCAGCGGCUCCAACCUUCGCUUCCUUCUUCACUUCUUGCCACUCUGGCAUUCCCGGCUCUUGACCUGGGAAGGAUGGUUACCGUAGUCACGAAGCUGGUGCACCGCUUUCACUUCAGUAUAUCACACAGUCUGGUAAUGGUGAUGCCCUCGUGUGCUGCGAAAGAACAUGCACCGUCUUUAUCACUUCCUCAAACACAACAUAAAAUAAACUUGAAGGCAACGUUCAGGAUGGACCUUGGAAAUAAGGUUCCUGCUCUCAAGGGGCUUAUAGCAUGGGAGAGAUUGGUGGUUCAAAUGGGGAAGGAGCCCAUGAGUGAAAUAACAGCAGGUCCUUUUAAUGUUGUGAACAGCAGACCAAGAAAUUGUAUGGAGUGUGACUUCUGGUGGGGCACUCAGGGAAGCCCUCUCUCUGAAGAGAUAACAUUUGAUCUGGGAUCACAACAUGAGAUCUACUUCCAAGUGGAAGUAACUAGAGGGCAAUGGAGUAUGGAGAGGCCCAAUGGUCAGCCUAGUGCCUUUGUGUGCGAUUUGGUUGUGGCCUUCUACUACAGAUUUGAGGGGGUUCGGGGUGGAACAGAGAAGGUCUAA